CGGAGCGCGGCCGCGACGGGGCGGGCAGACUCGCGGGCGCUCAGAGCUGGCCUCGGGUCCUCGGCGCCUGGCACUCGAACCUCCAUCCCGACCGUGACCCGGCCCAGGACCCCGACCCCGACCCGGCCCGGCCAGGCCCCUGCUCCCGCCCCCCGGGCCGAUGGACUACUCCUACCUCAAUUCGUACGACUCGUGCGUGGCGGCCAUGGAGGCGUCCGCCUACGGCGACUUCGGCGCCUGCAGCCAGCCCGGCGGCUUCCAGUACAGCCCCCUGCGGCCCGCCUUCCCCGCGGCUGGGCCGCCCUGCCCCGCGCUCGGCUCCUCCAACUGCGCGCUUGGCGCUCUCCGCGACCACCAGCCCGCGCCCUACUCAGCAGUGCCCUACAAGUUCUUCCCGGAGCCGUCGGGCCUGCACGAGAAGCGCAAGCAGCGGCGCAUCCGCACCACGUUCACCAGCGCGCAGCUCAAGGAGCUGGAGCGCGUCUUCGCCGAGACCCACUACCCCGACAUUUACACGCGCGAGGAGCUGGCGCUCAAGAUCGACCUCACUGAGGCUCGUGUGCAGGUCUGGUUCCAGAACCGCCGGGCCAAGUUCCGCAAACAGGAGCGCGCGGCCAGCGCCAAGGGUGCGGCGGGCGCGGCGGGCGCCAAAAAGGGCGAGGCGCGCUGCUCGUCGGAGGACGACGACUCCAAGGAGUCCACGUGCAGCCCCACGCCCGACAGCACCGCGUCGCUGGCGGGCGGUGGGGGCGGCGGGCCCGGCGCGGGUGCGGCCGAGCUGCUUAAGGCCUGGCAGCCGGCGGAACCCGGGCCCGGGCCCUUCUCGGGGGUUCUGUCCUCCUUCCACCGGAAGCCCGGCCCCGCCCUGAAGACCAAUCUCUUCUAGCCGCCGGACUCUGGAGGCUCCGAGCCUGCCCCCAGAGACGCCCCUGCCCCUCCGGGACCUGCCAGAGUCCCUCCCCAGCCCGGCCGCCUGCCUGGAAGUCCCCGUCCGUUCCCACCUCCCACCGUGUCAGACCCCUAGGCGUGCCCUCCCCAGCUUUGGAGACCAAGUCAGGGCCACUCUCGUCCUCACCCACCCCCACCCAGCAGAGUGGGGUCGUUUUCACUGGGACCCCUCCAGGAGAGCCCCGAGCCCCUUCUAGCUUGGCUUUCUUUGGAACCAGGAUCAAAUACAAGUGCUCGAACGUGAGUCCUCGAGGAGGAACAGCUGGGCCCCCUCCCCUGGCUCUGCAGCUGGCUGGUCACUCCUCACCUUGGUGACCAGCCGGCUGACCCACGCCGCGGGCCCACCCGCACUGACCCCACCCGUGGGGAGGCCGGUGAUCACCGGGAUAAUCAGCAGCCUGAGGGUCCCACAGCCCAUUUGUCCCUCUCUUAUCCCCUCCCAUUCCCAGCCGGUCUGGCGCAGAGGGUAGGCCCAUUUGGGGCGGAGGGGCUGCCAGGGCAACGGGUCAGAGGGGUUUCCUCUUUCCUGAUUUUUUGUUGUUGUUCUUUUCCUUUGAAAAACUUGUAAUUUAUUGAGGUGAGUUUUGCUCAAUCCAAAUAAAACUUAAUUUAUUGAAGAC